UGACGAUUCGCAGCGGCAAGCCCCACCUGCCAUGCCCAUGCCACCAAAUGCCACCUGGAGCGAACACCGACACCCCAGUGACCCCCCCUGGCAACCAAGAAUCAUAGCCUCAACGCCAAUGGAACUGGAAAACCAAUAACAACACUCGACACCCUGGAAUGUCAACGACGACCAAUAUUUUCUAGCGUGAGCGCAAAGCCUCACUUACUCAUUUGUCCUGUUCCAGUCUUUUCUUUCCUGGUUCCUCUCUUUCAGUCGCUUCCAUCGCAAUCCGAGAAACCAACUCUACUCGUAUACUCGAACUUGCAUCGCUCCCGGAAAUUUGGAAGAGCGGGAAUCUUUUUGAUAGUGCUACAACACAGUACCGGUAGCUAGUAUCACAACACAGUUUCACAGUUUCACAAUUUCACAGCUUCACAGCUUCGCUUCCACAAUGGCACCCCUCCCAUCAACAUCCAGCUCCGACCUCCCACGCACAAUACUCCACCUCGCCCGACGAGCAGUCAUCACCGGCGGGCCCUCACUCCUCCAACUCUCAGCGCGAAAUGCCCUCCAACCCCGCGCCUUGACAGUAAACAGUACCCAGAAAGUGACGUUGGGUGUGAUAGCUGGGUACACAGUAGCUAUAGCUCUCCUCUGGAACCUGCCGUAUGUUCGGUGGUCAUUAUGGCCUUUCAAGGUAUUUCCUCUUCCUCCCUCGUCCACAUCCAAAUUCAAAUUCAAACAAACAUCAAGAUUGGAAGACGAUAUGCUGAUAUGUUGCGGUGGAAAUAGAUGUUAGUAAUUGCCUUCCACGAAUUCUCGCACGCCUUCACAGCCCUCAUCACCGGCGGCCGCGUAAAGUCCAUCUCCCUCGACCCGCGCGAAGGAGGAGUAACACACAUGGCCGGCGGAAUCUCCGCUCUGACUCUUCCAGCGGGAUACCUGGGCUCCUCGCUCAUCGGGGCGCUGUUGAUAAUGUGUGGAUUCAAUAUCGUGGCGAGUAAAGUGUGCAGUAUCGCCCUCGGCGUCUGCUUCUUGCUCACGCUCUGGUGGGCACGAAGGGAUUGGUUGACCAUUGUGACCGUGCUAGCGGCCGUGGGAUUACUGGUCGCUUGUUGGUUCAUUAAACAUGCUGAGCCUUUGCGGUUCGUCGUGGUAUGGUCCCUCUCUUCCCUCAAUCCUCAUCCUUUCUCUUUCUCUCUCUUCGCUCUCGCCAAAGUCUCACAUACUAAUGAGCUCCCAGCUCUUCAUAGGCACCAUGUCUUCCCUCUACAGCGUCUGGGACAUCUGUGACGACCUGAUCCUGCGCAAAGUCAACGAAUCCGAUGCCAGCGUAUUCGCCAAACGCUACGGCGGCUCGAGCCAGUGUUGGGGUGUCAUCUGGUCGAUCAUCUCUCUGUUGUUUAUGGUUGGCGGUAUCAUUGCGGGCAUUGCGGCGUUUCCGGAGGAAUGGGCAGAGCAGGAGGACGACUCGAAGAAGUUUAUUCCUACGUGAUGAUGAGUGGAUUACAAUGCUUGGAAGGGCUUGGAUGAAUUCAUAUGAAAAAGUGGGAAAAUACCUAUUGGGUUUUUGGAAUGGGGUGAUUGGUGCUUGGAUGACGGGGGCUGCGGUGAGCUCAUUGAAGUGUAGCUGGGACGCAGCUGGAUAUCGGAAUAUCAAGGUCAAAUCAUUUGGAUAGGAGGAAAAAUGUUUAUGGAUCAAGUGCGAGGAAGCUCGUGUCACCGAGGGCACCGGAGGACUAAGGUACUCCAUGACGGCAGAUAAAUCAAUCACGAAACUUUUAAGGAAGGGAAGGAAUACUACAAGGCAACCAACCAUCACCUGUGUAGACUGCAAUCAAGCUGGAAGUCAAGACAGACCCAAAAAUGGAAUCGCAGGGAACCAGAAGGAGGCUAUUAAUGAGUCAACUCAGACAGCACAGUAGUGGUGGUAAUAAUGCAGGAAGAAAAGUUGAAAAUAAGAUAUACCUACAUACCCGCAGUACAGUUACAGUUAGUCUAUGAUUAACAAGUUUUAUCCCUGG